GACUCUUACAGCGGCGGGCCUCAGACCCCAGCGCGGACGCGGACUUUGUCUUUGGGGGCCCUGCUCUGCCCUUCCUGGUUUCCGGCAAGAUCGCAGAGGAGCCGGCGUGCCUCUCUGCCCUCCAGCCUUCCUCACCAUGUCCAAGAUGCCGGCCAAGAAGAAGAGCUGCUUCCAGAUCACCAGUGUCACCACGGCCCAGGUGGCCACUAGCAUCACCGAGGACACCGAGAGCCUGGACGAUCCGGACGAGUCACGCACAGAGGACGUCUCCUCCGAGAUAUUCGACGUUUCUCGGGCCACGGAUUACGGCCCCGAGGAGGUCUGCGAGCGCAGCUCCUCCGAAGAGACGCUCAACAAUGUUGGGGAUGCGGAGACUCCCGGUACCGUCUCCCCCAACCUCGUCCUGGACGGACAGCUGGCGGCCGCGGCGGCCACUCCCGCCAACGGAGGAGGAGCCGCUUCGGCCCGCAGCGUGGCUGGGGCGCUGGCCAGUACCCUAGCGGCGGCCGCCACCUCGGCCCCCUCCCCGGGGGCCCCCGGAGCCCCCCCGGUCGCGGGCCCCUCCGCCGGGCCAGGGACUGCCGCCCCCUCGCAGCCCCCCACCACUUGUAGUUCCCGUUUCCGCGUGAUCAAGCUGGACCACGGCAGCGGGGAGCCGUAUAGACGCGGCCGAUGGACGUGCAUGGAAUACUAUGAGCGGGAUUCCGACAGCAGCGUCCUGACGCGGUCCGGGGAUUGCAUUAGGCACAGCAAUACUUUUGAUCAGACUGCGGAUCGGGACAGCGGCCUGGGCGCCACCGGAGGGUCCGUGGUGGUGGUGGUGGCCUCCAUGCCGGGGGCGCACGGACCCGACUCGGGAACUGACAGUUCCUUGACUGCUGUGUCACAGCUACCCCCGUCGGAGAAAAUGAGCCAGCCCGCCCCGGCCCCGCCGCAGAGUUUUGGCGUUGGGCAGCCGCAGCCGCAGCCGCCGCCCGUAGGUGGGGCUGUGGCUCCGAGCUCGGCUCCGCUGCCGCCGUUCCCGGGAGCCGCGGCCGGGCCGCCGCAGAUGAUGGCAGCCCCGCCGCCCAGCCAGCCCCAGGGCGCCGCGCCUGGCUCCGUCCCCUCGGGGCCCAACGGACAGGGCCUGCCGCUGACGAAUGUAACCCUGGCGCAGCCCGGCCUGGCCCUGCCUCCGCAGCCCGGCCCGGCCGUGGGCGCUUCUGCCGCGCCGCCGCCCCAGCAGUUCGCGUAUCCCCAGGCUCAGAUUCCGCCGGGCCAUCUGCUGCCCGUCCAGCCCGCCGGCCAGAGUGAGUACCUGCAGCCGCACAUGGCCGGCCUGCAGCCGCCCAGCCCGGCGCAGCCCUCGUCCGCGGGCGCCGGAGCGGGCCCCGCCGCGUCGGCCGGCCUCCCCGCGGGCCCCGGCCAGAACGCCUCCUCCACGGGCGCGCAGAUUAUGGGCGCGGCCUCCCUGCCUGGCGAAGCCGUGGCCCCGGGGCCGGGCCUCGCGCAGGGCGGACCGGCCGCCCCCGGUCAGCCGGCCGGAGUGCCCCCGGCUGCCGUGGGAGGCGCGGCGCAGUCGGGCCUGGUUCCCGCCGGGGCCGGGCAGCCGCAGCCCGCGCCUCCGCCGCAGAUGGGCGGCAGCGGCACGCCAUCGGCAGUGCCCGGCGGCCCUCACGCCGUGGUGCCCGGAGUUCCGAACGUGCCUGCAGCCGCGCCCGCUCCCAGCGUGCCUAGUGUGUCUACCACUUCUGUUACUAUGCCAAAUGUACCCGCGCCCUUGGCCCAGGCGCAGCAGCUGAGCAGCCAUCCUCCGGUCAGCAGGAGCGGCAGCAUCAUCCAGCACGUGGGGCUGCCCUUAGCGCCAGGCACGGCCAGUGCACCGACGAGUCUACCGCAGUCUGACCUAAGCCAGUUUCAGACUCAGACCCAGCCUUUAGUCGGGCAAGUUGACGAUACUAGAAGAAAAUCCGAACCCCUACCUCAACCACCACUUUCUCUCAUUGCUGAAACUAAGCCUGUUGUGAAGCCUCCUGUUGCAGAUGCCCUGGCAAACCCCCUUCAGUUAACACCUAUGAACAGUCUCUCCACCUCUGUAUUCAGCAUAGCUAUUCCUGUUGAUGGUGAUGAAGACAGGAAUCCUUCAACUGCUUUCUUCCAAGCGUUCCAUUUGAACACGAUUCAGGAAUCAAAGAACCUCUGGGAUAGGUGCCAUCAUUUUCUGUCUUCCGCAUUUGUCAUUUGCAGAGUCAUCAGGGAAUCAGUCAGCUGAAAUCAUCACCAAAUAUAAGAAUAAUAGAUACUGAUAGCUAAAAUAAUACAGGGAGCCCAGAUUAUUUGCAUUGACUGUUUAUUAAAAUGAAUAAUGUAGCUUUCUGGAGAUUAUCUUACUCUCCAGAAAGCUUUUAAGCCCUGUGCCAAUUUUAGUGAUAGCCUAGCCUAUUGGCAUUUCAGAAUAGUAACUUGAAAAUUUGACUUCCUGUUUUUUCUUCUUUAAAAAACAGCUUUCCAGACUUAAUCAUUAUUGGCAUUACUUUGUUAAAUCGACAGAGUUAGUUUAGAAACCUAUCCUGAUGAUCACUGGGGAGCAGGCUCUCAUUGGGAGUCCUUUGUCUGUAAAAGCUAAGGGUAAGAAUUUAUAGCAAACAACUUUACCCUCUUGUAAAUAUCAGGUCAGUAAGGUAAAGGAGUACUAGAGCGAAGAAACUUUACCUCAGGUAGACUAAAGGAAGAAAUCACGUAGCUUGUAAGGAUUUAUCCUUAUUGAUAAACACUUAAAAGUGUUUCUGCCUCUAUGAAGAAAAUACUUAAAUGUAGUUAACAAAUGAGAGUAACAGUUGCUAGGUGCACCAUCCCCUUGAGUCAGCUUGUCCUUCCUCAUGAUAGCACCAAUAUUUAAAGAGAAAUGAAUAAGGAAAGUAGUACACAUGAAUUAUUAACUUAAAAUGAAUGUCUGAGUAAGUUUAUGUCUUUUUCUGGAUACUUGAUGAUUUCAGUUAAAUUAAGUCUUUAUAGUGAUUACUUACAUCUAUUUACAUCUAGUUUCACAAUUGUUGCAUUAAAAUGUUCUUGUUAAAUAACCUCAAGUAUUUUGUGUUAGAAAAGGCAUCCAAUAUUUCCUGUCAUUGUGAGAUUUCAUUUUUGAAGUUAGGAGUAAAUCAGAACUAAACUACUCCUAUGACACAAUUUGUUUUGUUUCACUCAUACUCCAGGAAGCUUGGAUACAUCAUUAACACCCACUUGUUAACCCAAGAUGGUAAAAACUCAGGUUUCAGAAUUUGGAUAAUCUAGUUUUUGAAUGCUCGGUGCUAAUGACUUUUUAAAAAUCUUUUUAUUGAAGUAUAUUUUGUAUCAGAAAAGUCCACCAUUCAUAAAUGUACAGCUCAAACUGAACACAUCUGCGUGACUAGCACCCAGAUCAAGAUACAGUAGUAUAAGCUCUUCAUGACCCCCUCGUGCCCCCUUCCUAUUAUUUCCCUCCUCUAUCUUAACUUGCAGUAAGUGGAAUCAUACACUAUGUAUUUUGUGUCUGUCCUCUUUUACCCAGUAUUAUGUUUGAGGUUCAUCUAUAUGUUUCUGCAUAGUGGAUCUGAACUACAUAAUUUUAAAGAAUCACCAUGGUGGGUUACUUGUUAGAGAUUGUUACUGGUUAAAUGUUCUCUCCUAAUAAUUAUACUCUAAGUACCUUGAGGAUAUAAGCCCAAACUGUUAUGUAACCACACCAAAUAUAUUUCCUAAUAAUUUGUACCUAGUACUUACAUAAUUUAUUAUCUGAUUAUAUUUUGACCAAUUUCAGUUAAGGGUAUCUAGUAGAGGAUAAUCAGAGACGCUAAAAAUUAGAGGAAAAGUUUUUAAUGGCCUGUCAUCUUUUUAGGACUGGAUCUCAGAUUUAGAUGAAAACCUAAGAACAUGCUUAUAAAAUGUUCAGAUGACGUUAAAGCAGGAAGUCAUAGCUAUUACUGGAUGAUAGCAUUUGUGAAUUUAACAGUCUAAAGUAUGCGCAGCAGUUGAGAAAGUGAAAGAAUGUGUAUGUAAAUUCAGGGAGGUUGAAACUUCAGUUGAAUAGGUAGAGUAAAAAGUACCUAGAUACUAGUUGGCUGCAUUUUUUAGUAAUUGGUUAGCAAGUGACAAGCCUGCCACAAAAGCUAAUGUAAUUUGAGGCAAUAUUUAUCUAACUAGAAUGAAUAGGAAAAGAUGGUGACAGACCUAUUGUACUCCAUUUCUGUAGGAUAGUUACUCUAAAUACAAAGCUAGCUAGAAAAUCUUCUUUCUUUAUAUUCCACCUGGACAGCCAGGUGGGUGUUUCAACAGACAGGCUUGAGCUUACUUUCUGAAAGGAGAUGGGCCCCCAGGGAAACAGUCUUGCCAAUCACUAGAAAUAAUAAAGCUGUCAUCCUAUUAACCAGGAAUGUUUGACUUCGAGGUUUAGAGCCAAUUACUUUCAAAAUCCCUACCUUGUGGAGUUUUAUUGCCCCACCACUUAAUUCUAAAGGAAAAAGAAAAAGAGGUAAGAAAAGUUUUGAAAUUGAUCUGCUUUACUUCUGUUUUGUCUUUGUUGCCCAUGAUUUUCAGAAAACCUCAAAGAGCUGUGAAUUUGCUUAAGGAAUGGAAGGCUAACGAACUAUUCUCUAUUAGGAAAGAAUUCCCAUGUCAGAGACAAUUAAGUGGUGGCCACAAAUUGGGAAACCAAUGAUUGGUUAGAAUUUGGUCAUGCAGAGUGAAAGGACCGAGGGAAAAGGCACCUUCCAGUUAGAGGAAAUACUGUGAACCACUGUGGAAGUACAGGGCAUAUGUGAUAAGGAUGGUUAAAUUUGAUUGGUGCAUAAAACAUUUGAAGACAACAGAGAAGAAAUGGUGGAUGGGAUAGAGAUCAAAGAUAUUAGAAAGGUAAUGAAGGCCUGAAUCAGGCAAUGGAGAUGAGGAAAGAAUGGUUAUCAGAAGGUUAGAAUUAAAGAAUUUUGCUGCUGAUUGGAUAUGAUAGGGAAGCAGUCAAAUUUGACUCCAACAUGAUUGGAUAUGACAGGGAAGCAGUCAAAUUUGACUCCAACAUGUCAGACCUAAUUGAGGGAAUGGUGGUACCAUUAGGAAGUAUUAGUGAAAUAGUUGGUUUGGGAAGGAGAAAAUAGUGAUGAGAUUUUGUUUUGAGUCGAAGAGCCAGUGGAAAGUCAAGGUGGAAGUAAAUACUCAGGGUACAGCUUUAGCUGCAGACUUGCAGCUUGGUAGAGAAGUUAAGGCUAGAAGAGAUAGAAGAAUCUUUUAUUUAUUUGUUUCUUUGUUUAUGUUAUUAUUAUUUUAUUUUAGAGUUCAAGCUUUAGGAAAGGCUAACAUUUCCUAGGAACGGAGUAGGGAAAAAGGGUCAAGCCAGGACCUUGGGCAGCACUACCUACAUUUAGAGAACAACAGAAACUUUGAAGAAGAUAAGUGGUCUUAGACACUAGAAGAU